GACCAUGAUAGUCUCUCAUUUAAAAUGUCACAUUUUGAUUUUGAUUCAUUACAAUUAUAUUCCUCUUGCUUUAUAUUCUCUUUUUUCAUUCACCUUUUUUCUCAUUUUUUGGCUUGAAAAAUAUUAUUAUCUUUCAAGUAAUGGGCAUGGCAGCUGAGAAUCAGUUCCAUGUUUUGGCUGUUGAUGAUAGUAUUAUUGAUAGAAUGUUGAUUGAGAGGCUCCUCAAAACUUCUUCUUUUAAUGUUACUACAGUGGAUUCUGCUAGUAAGGCCUUGAAAUUUCUUGGUUUGGUUGAAGAUGAAAUGAGGACUUAUGACACUCAUGUUGCUUCAGAAAUUAAUCAGGAUGUAGAUGUAAAUCUGAUCAUAACAGAUUAUUGUAUGCCAGGGAUGACUGGCUAUGAUCUGUUGAGAAAAAUUAAGGAAUCCAAAUCAUUCAAAGACAUACCAGUUGUGAUAAUGUCCUCGGAGAAUGUUCCAUCUAGGAUCAACAGAUGUUUGGAAGAGGGGGCUGAAGAAUUCUUCCUGAAACCAGUUCAACUAUCAGAUGUAAGCAAGCUGAAGCCACAUUUGUUGAAAUCAAAAGUUAAGGAAGAGAAUGAACAACCUAUCAAAAGGAAGGGUAUGGAAGAAACUCAAUCACCAGAUAAAACUAGGCCAAAAGUUAGCAUUUAAAUUUUGGUUUCAAAUUAAAUUUGAUUUAACUUAAUUAGUCCUAGAACAUGCAAAAGGAAUAAGCAUUAAAAGUUCCAAAUGUAAAUAGCUGAGAAAGGUUUCAAUUGAGUUUUGGUGGAUUAUUAACUAUUCAUUUUUGACAUAUUGUGUUACUUCCAUUGUCUCUCUUAUAUGGUUUUCUGGGACAGAUUUUUCAUUUCUAA